AACAAGCCGUGACCUGUGGGAGAUGAGUCACUGCAGGUAGUGAACAAGGAGGGUGUAGCAGAGAUCUGUAUCUGUUCAGAGGGAGUGAGACUGUUCUACAGUCACUGGCACCAGCUGAAAUGGAGCAGCAAGAAAAUCAACUGGACAGAGAAAGAUUCCGCUGUUCGAUCUGUCUGGAUCUGCUGAAGGAUCCGGUGACUACUGGCUGUGGACACAGCUGCUGUAUGAGCUGUAUUAAAACCCACUGGGACAAAGAGGACGUGAGAGGAAGCUACAGCUGCCCUCAGUGUGGCCAGACCUUCACACCGAGGCCUGUCCUGGCGAAAAGCACCAUGUUAGGUGAUUUACUGGAGGAGCUGAAGAAGACUGGAUUCCGAGCUGCUCCUGCUGAUCACUGCUAUGCUGGACCUGAAGAUGUGGCCUGUGAUGUCUGCACUGGGAGAAAACUGAAAGCUCUCAAGUCCUGUUUAGUUUGUUUGGCCUCUUAUUGUGAAAAACACCUCCAGCCUCAUCUUCAGUCUGCUCCAUUUAAGAAGCACAAGCUGGUGGAGCCCUCGGAGAAGCUCCAGGAGAACUUCUGCUCUCGUCACGAUGAGGUGAUGAAGAUGUUCUGCCGCACUGAUCAGCAGUGUAUCUGUUAUUUCUGCUCUGUGGAUGAACAUAAAGACCACGACAUAGUGUCAGCUGCAGCAGAAAGGACUGAGAGGCAGAGAAACCUCGGGCUGAGGAGACAAACAAUCCAGCAGAGACUCCAGGACAGAGAGAAAGAUGUGAAGCUGCUUCAACAGGAGGAGGAGGCUGUCAAUGGCUCUGCUUAUAAAGCAGUGAAGGACAGUGAGAAGAUCUUCACUGAGCUGAUCCGUCUGCUGGAGAAAAGAAGCUCUGAUGUGAAGCAGCAGAUCAGAUCCCAGCAGCAAACUGAAGUGAGUCGAGUCAGAGAGCUUCAGGAGAGACUGGAGCAGGAGAUCACUGAGCUGAAGAGGAAAGACCAUGAACUGAAGCAGCUCUCAGACACAGAGGAUCACAACCAGUUUCUACACAACUACUCCUCACUGUCACCACUCAGUGAAUCUACACACUCAUCCAGCAUCAGGAUCCGUCCUCUGAGGAACUGUGAGGAUGUGACAGCAGCUGUGUCACAGGUCAGAGGUCGACUACAGGACAUUCUGAGUGAGACAGAGACAAAGAUUUUACAGAUUGUGUCUCAAGUGGAUGUUUUACUGCCACACCCAGAGCCCAAGACCAGAGCUGACUUCUUAAAAUAUUCACAGGAAAUCACACUGGAUCCAAACACCGCAAACAAAGAUCUGUUAUUAUCUGAGGGAAACAGAAAAGUAACACGUAUGAGUAAAAAACAGUCUUAUUCUGAUCACCCAGACAGAUUCACUGAUUGGCCUCAGGUCCUGAGUAGAGAGAUUCUGACUGAGCGUUGUUACUGGGAGGUGGAGGUGAGAGGAGAAGGAGGAGUUUGUAUAGCAGUCGCAUACAAGAAUAUCAGCAGAGCAGGAGAAUCACUUGAAUGUAGAUUUGGAUGCAAUGAUAGAUCUUGGUCAUUAUAUUGUCAUGGAAACAGUUAUAUCUUUUCUUACAACAGGAUCAACACUACAGUGUCAGGUCCUCGGUCCUCCAGAGUAGGAGUGUACCUUGAUCACAGUGCAGGUGUUCUGUCCUUCUACAGCAUCACUGGCACCAUGACUCUCCUCCACAGAGUCCAGACCACAUUCACUCAGCCUCUCUAUGCUGGAGUUAGGGUUUAUUAUUCUGGAGCCACAGCUGAGUUCUGUAAACUCAAAUAGACUCGAGUCAUUAAAAGCAGUGAUUUAGAUUUGGUGUUUAAAUCUUUAACUUCUUUUGUCUCCAUGUUUGUUGAUCAAACUUCGUCGUGGUGACGUUUC